CAAUUUCUUUCCACAUUCUUCAAAACUCAAAAAACAAGAGAAAUGUCUUCAGUCGACGAGCUCCCACUGAAAGAAAUCCCCGGCGGCUACGGCCUCCCAUUCUUCGGACCGAUAUCGGACCGCCUCGACUUCCACUACCGUCAGGGCCCGGACGAGUUCUUCCGGGCCCGAAUGCAGCAGCACAACUCCACCGUCUUCCGGGCCAACGCCCCGCCCGGCCCGUUCACCGCCCGAAACCCUAAAGUCGUCGUCCUCCUCGACGCCGCGAGCUUCCAGAUCCUCUUCGACACGUCCAAGGUCGAGAAGCGGGACGUCUUCACCGGCACCUUCAUGCCGUCUACUAGCUUCACCGGCGGCUACCGCGUCUGCUCCUACCUCGACCCCUCCGAGCCCAAGCACGCCCUCCUCAAGGGCUUCUUCCUCUCUUUUCUCGGCAGAUUGCACAAGGAAUUGAUCCCGAACUUCCGCGCCGCCGCUACGCAGCUCUUUGCCGACGUCGAGGCUGAGCUCACCGAGAAAGGGGAGUCGGAAUUCAACCCGAUCAGCGACAGGAUGUCGUUCGAUCUCUUGUUCCGUUUAUUCGCCGGCAAGAGCUCGUACGACACCGCCGCAGGCGGCGGCGGCAAUGCCGGCCUCGACACGUGGCUGUUUCUGCAGCUGGCUCCAUUGAUCACGCUAGGGUUGAAGUUCCUCCCUAAUUUCGUCGAGGAUUUGCUACUCCACACGUUCCCGCUGCCGUAUUUUCCAGCGAAAUCGGGGUACGAGCUGGUCCACAGCGCGUUCCGGGAGGCUGCCGGAGAGUUGCUGGACGAGGCGGAGGAGAAGGGUUUGAGUAGGGAUGAGGCUUCUCACAACAUGAUGUUUGUGAUGGGCUUUAACUCCUAUGGCGGGACGAAGAUUCUCUUCCCGGCUUUGUUGAAGUACGUCGGCGGCAGCGGGGAGGAGUUGCACCGCCGCCUCGCCAGCGAGAUCCGGGGGGUCGUGGAGGAGGAGGGCGGCGUGACUCUGGCGGCGCUGGAGAGGAUGAGUCUGGUGAAAUCUGUGGUAUGGGAGACGAUGAGGAUUGAACCGCCGGUUCAGUUUCAAUAUGGCAAGGCUAAAGAGGAUUUGAAAAUUUCGAGCCACGUGGCAACUUACGUGGUCAAAAAGGGGGAGACCAUAUUCGGGUACCAACCCUUUGCGACGAGGGAUCCCGUGAUUUUCGUAAACCCGGACGAGUUCGUGCCUGAUAGGUUCUUGGACGGGGGCGAAAAGUUAUUAAAGUACGUGUAUUGGUCUAACGGGAGAGAGACGGACAGCCCGACGGCGGACAACAAGCAAUGUCCGGCGAAGGAUAUGGUGGUGGUGCUGGGGAGGAUGAUGUUGGUGGAGCUUUUCAUGCGGUAUGAGACGUUUAGUGUGGAAUUUGGGAAGCUGCUUCUUGGUUCAUCUGUCACCAUCAAAUCGCUCACAAACCCCAAAUAGUUUUUAGAUCGAUUGUAUUUCGUUGUAAUAGUUGCAUGGGACUACGUGUGUUGUGUGUGUUGCAAGUCUAGCUCUCGCUAAUUAAUUUGGUUAAGGACGUAAAUUUUCAUAUAUAUGAGAUUCUCUAUUCCAUUA